AUGGAAUUUGUACACUCACAAUCCGUUGGAUUAAAUGCAAUAAAUCCAAUCCAUAUUGUUUCUUUACCUGAAUAUAUUGAGUUGCUUCAGUACAAAGCACGUAAACAUACAUCUUUUGGAUUAACCUCCGUUGUUCCAACAAAUAGUAGCAUGACUGGUGUCUCCCAAUCUUCACCUUCUGAGUCUUGGGUUAUUGAUUUAGGUGCAUCUGAUCAUAUUUCUGCNGUUAAAUCUGCUGUUUUAUUUCUUGAUGACCUUGUUUUCAUACAGGAACGCAGUACAGGACGGAUCAUUGACCCUAUCUCCUAUUCAUCUUCCUCCAUAGCUCCACCGCCUACAGUUCCAGUUACAGCUCCACCACCUAUAGCUCCAGUGUCACCACCGAGUCCAGUGCCACCACCUAGUCCAGUUCCACCAACUAUAGCUCCAGUGCCACCACCUAGUCUAGUUCAACCUUCUACAGCUCCACCACUCCUGACUUACCAUCGUCGUCCGCCCCUAGCAUCAGGCCCAGCUGGUUCACGUCCUGCACCUGACCCUGCUAAUACUGCGGACUUAUCUCCUCUUAAUCAACUGAUUGCACUACGAAAAGGUGAAGCAUUGUCUCAUCCCGGAUGA